GGUUACAGAGGCUGCUUUACGCUGUCUCAUUCCGUUCCUUUGGGCCGUCAUCCUCACCGCAUUUAAAGUACUUGAGGACGUGUGCGAGCACAGCAUCGCAGGUGCAGGGCCAUGGAGGAGCUGGAUGCGCUGUUGGAGGAACUGGAGCGCUCCACCCUCCAGGACAGUGAUGACUGUUUUGACCCAGCUUCUCCUCCCCUGAAUCAGCUUUCCAAAAUGCAGAGCAACCUUGGCAAGACUGCCGAUGGCCCGCGCCUGGAGAGUGACGCAAGUCCCUCAAUGGUGCAGCUCAAAUAUACUGCCAGUACCCAGGAGACCAAUGUCUACAGCAAAGUUCAAGCGCCAAAGGAGUUGCCAGCACCUGCUAAGACCCCAGCGGCCGCUCAGCUGGAGGAGCUCAUGGCCCACCUGAACGACAUGCAGGCCGAGAUUGCAGUGAAACCAGAUACCAGCAAGAAACACUUACCAGGAAAGCAGGAUCACAGCGAAUCUCUGGACUCCAUGCUUGGAGGCCUGGAACAGGAGCUACAGGACCUCGGCAUUGCCACCGUGCCCAAGGGCCACUGUGCUUCUUGCCAGAAACUGAUCGCCGGGAAGGUGAUCCAUGCGCUGGGGCAGUCGUGGCAUCCGGAGCACUUCGUCUGUACUCACUGCAAAAAAGAGAUUGGCACCAGUGCCUUCUUCGAGCGGAACGGCGCGGCCUACUGCCCCAGGGACUACCACCACCUGUUCUCGCCUCGCUGCGCCUACUGCGCGGCUCCCAUCCUGGACCGGGUGCUGACGGCGAUGAACCAGACCUGGCACCCUGAGCACUUCUUCUGCGCGCACUGCGGGGAGGUGUUUGGCCCAGAAGGCUUCCACGAGAAGGAUAAGAAGCCGUACUGCCGGAAGGACUUCCUAGCCAUGUUUUCCCCGAAAUGCAGUGGCUGCAACCAGCCUGUGCUGGAGAACUACCUGUCGGCCAUGGACGCCGUGUGGCACCCGGAGUGCUUCGUGUGUGGGGACUGCUUCAGCAGCUUCUCCAGCGGCUCCUUCUUCGAGCUGGACGGCCGUCCGUUCUGCGAGCUGCACUACCACCAGCGCCGCGGGACGCUGUGCGGAGGGUGCGGGCAGCCCAUCACCGGCCGCUGCAUCAGCGCCAUGGGCCGCAAGUUCCACCCCGAGCACUUCGUGUGCGCCUUCUGCCUGGCGCAGCUGGCCAAGGGCGUCUUCCGGGAGCAGAACGACAAGACCUACUGCCAGCCCUGCUUCAACAAGCUCUUCGCGCUCUGAUGGCGAGGGGCCCGCCGCCUCCCCGAGCUCCUCGGAGGCUGCAGCCGAGAGGGGAACAGCGCCUCGGCCCUCCGCGCGUCCGCCUGCUGGGCCCGGAGGGCGCGGGCUGCGCUUCGGCCUUCCGGUCUGCUUUCCUGAGCGCGCUGCUUGGACUUAGGCCGAGACCGAGUCCUUCUGUAGGUGCAUUUUUUUACAUGAAGAAUGCACCCACCGCGAGCGUUUCGCUGCCCGUGCUCCUCCGGCCCGUGGCUGUGCUCGGCGCUGCUCGGCGGCGUCGGCCGGCUCGCGUCCCGGCUGCUCAGCGCUGCGGCGGCCCUCGGCUGUGCCCGCCGGGUCCCGCGCCGCCGCUCCUAUGGCCCUUCAGCGGUCGACUCUUUUGCAAGAGGAAGCGGAUUUUAACUGGUAUUUUGGAUAAAUAA